CUCAGCACACACCGCCCCCCCGGCACCUCCGCUCCGACCCCGGGCACCCCCUAGGCCCAACCCCGGCCCCGGCCCCGGCCCCGGCCCCGCCCCCGCGCCGGCUCCUCCCCGCGGCUGCGCGGCCCCGGCGCGGCUCGGCCCUGCCCGGAGCGGAGCGCGAUGGUGCCCGAGCUGGAGAAAGCCACGGUGCGGAUACAGCAGCCGGAGCGUGUGAUGGGGAUAAUCCGGUCCAUCAAGGAGCAGGGCAUGAACAAGCUGCAGGUCAUUUCUGACUUCGACAUGACGCUGAGCAGGUUCGGGUGCAACGGCAGACGCUGCCCCACUUCGCACAAUAUCCUCGAUAACAGUCAUGUUAUCAGUGAGGACAGCAAGAAGAAGCUGAAAGAUCUGCUGCACUAUUACUAUCCCAUUGAAAUCGAUCCCAACCGGAGCCUGGAAGAGAAACGUCCCCUCAUGGUGGAGUGGUGGACCAGGGCCCAUGAGCUGCUGACGCAGCAGAAGAUCCAGAAGGGUGACAUAGCCCAGAUAGUCAGAGAAUCGGACGUGAUGCUGAGGGAUGGCUUCAAUGAAUUAUUUGAUCAGCUGCAUAAGUACAAUGUCCCCCUGUUCAUCUUCUCUGCUGGCGUCGGUGACAUCGUUGAAGAGAUUAUCCGUCAGGCCAACGUCUUCUACUCAAACGUCAACGUGGUGUCCAACUACAUGGACUUUGACGAUAACGGAGUCCUCACACAUUUCAAGGGACCUCUCAUCCACACCUACAACAAGAACAACAGCAUCCUGCAGGGUACGGAGUAUUUCCAGCAGCUGAGCACUCGGACGAGCAUCAUCUUGCUGGGGGACUCCAUGGGUGAUGUGACGAUGGCAGAUGGCAUCCCCAGUGUAGAGAACAUCCUCAAGAUUGGCUUUCUCAACGACAAGGUGGAAGAGCGGAGGGGAAAGUACCUGGAUGCCUACGACAUCGUGCUGGAGAGCGACGAGACGCUGGAUGUGGUCAAUGGGAUUCUCCGGUAUAUCCUUAUCGAGACGUGAGCUGGGAAGGCAGCGUCCCAGCUGCAGCCCCCCAGCAAGGCGCCUGGGCAGUCAGUGACCUUCCCUUGACAAAGCUGGAGUGGAUCUUCUGGUACCCGCUGGACUCCAUCCUGACGCCGGGCAGGCUCCCUGCCCUGGCUCUCAUUUCUUGUACACGUCCCGACCUCACUAAGCCCCGUCGGUCGGUGCUGGAGCAGGAGGGGUGAGAUGAAGGAAGCUUCUCCACUCCCUUUACCCCACCUGUGCCUGGCUCCGCUGCUUCCCCCUCGGACUUCAUCCCAGCCAGCGCCUGAGGCCACAACAAACCAUUUCACGUUCCAGAUAGAGAUGUUCUGCGCUUGCUUCCGCAGCCAAGUGCAGAAACAGAGAUUGUUUGCUGUGGCUUGAGGACAGACCUGUUUCAGAUGGAAGCUGCUUAGUUUUACUGUGUCCCUGUCUAAGAAAACAAGUCUGAGCUCCGGUGGUGUCACCUACGGAUGGGCUGGCGUGACCCUGCCAGGCGUAGCAUCGCCCAGCCCCGUGUCCCACCCCCGCCGCCAGCAGAAACCCUGCAGCUCCCUGGCCCCCCCAGCCCAGCCCUGCUGUCCCUCUUGCUCCACGUGUACAAACGGCUUUUGCAGUCGUCCCUGCAGGCCCACGGAGCUCAUCCUGCGCUGCUGCACGAAGCAAGAAGUAAGUUUGUCUGCCCGGGGGGGGGGUCCGGGUGCUGGGUGCUUGGAGCAGCGCGUUUGCAGCCCGUGGGCGUGGAUGGGGGAGGAGAGGCCAGCGGCAGCGGUUUGGAUUUUAAGGAAUAUUUUUAGCUAACCAUGUUUCUGUCUUAAACUGCUGGGCUGAGAGCAGCAAGAGAAAGAAACCGCUUAUUUCUGUGUAACCUCCGACGGAAGGAGUAAAGCAAUGACAGCCCCGAUUCAGCAAGGGCCAAAUUCAGACCCUUAUGUGGGAAACUGCUUUCACGUCCCUGCCCGCUCUCAUGGUGGCGGGAGCCGGUGCUGGUGCAGCGUGAGCCCUAAUACGGCUCUUUGGGGGCCGUUACUGCUGCGGUGUGGCCCAGCACCGAUCGGCACCCCCUGCCCUGCCGCCUUCGAUGGGGCAGCUCUGGCUCGCGAGUUCUGGGCUGCUCCGGGUUCAGCCCUCGCUCGCCGCCUUCCACGUUGCGGGACGAGUAAAUGUGACUGCUGAAAGUGCAGGCUCCCUUCUCCUUGGUGAAAUAAAAACGUUGGCUAAAA